AUGAAAGAUACUAAAGAUUGGAGAAUUGCAUCAAUAUCAUUAAAAUGUGAUAUUAGAAUAGUUGAUAAUGAGCUUAAAGAAGUAUCUAAAAUACAAACAAUAUAUAUGAAUAAUUUUAUUGGUAAUUUAGAAUUUGUUUCAUAUAAUGGAAAGUAUAAAUUCAUUGGAGCAUGCAAUUUAGUAACAUUACAUCUUGAAUGUGCUUUUGAAUAUCUUGAUUUAAAACCCAGAAAUGUUGGUAUGUGGUGGAAAUAUGAUCUUAAAGAAUAUAUAAUUAUUAAUAGAUGGUGUAAUUGUACUAUCAAUUUUUUAUCUAGCUCUGGGUGUUUCAAACAUUGGUUUGAAUCUGGAGAUUAUGAAAUGAAGAUACUUUUUGAUACACAAGAAAAAAUGACUGUUAAUCAAUUAGUUGCACAUGUGGAUACUCAUUAUUUGAAGGUACGCGAGUUAAUUAGAAAUAUAGACAAUAAUAUAUUUUAUAAACAUGUUUCAAUGGUAUAUAACACUAAACCAAAUAUUCUUCUAGAAAUGAGUGGUGGUUUAAAGAAAAUAAAAUGCCAUGUUACAAGAUAUUUUGAAAUGAUUUAUGAUGAUGAUAGUAAUAACCAUGAGUUAAAACAUUGUGUGUAUGUUUUUAAAAGCAAAGAAUUAAAUGAAUUAGACACAAAUUUUGUUAGAAAACACAUUUUGAAAGUAUUAAUGAGAGAUAGAAAAAUAAUGGUAGAUAAUGAAUGUAGUCUUGAAAUCAAAAAAGGAGAAGACUAUUUAAUCUUUAAUGAUUUUCUUGUUGGAUAUGGAAGUAAAAACAAUAAGUCUGGAGUACUAAAGAUUCCUGUUGAUGAAGAUGAAGUUGCUAUUAUUUAUUUUAAUAAUUCACUUUCAAUCUCUACUGAUUCUCAGAUGACAAAAGUUGACAAUAACCAAAAGGUUUUGUACAAAGACUCAUUAAAAGAGAACAAAUACAAACCAAAGGAGAUGAAAAGAUUAUUCAAAGAAAAUAAAAAAGAAGAAGCACUUGAAUUGUUAGAUUAUGAAAAUGAAGAAGAAUGUCUUGAUGAAGAGGCUGAGCAAUAUUUAUGGAAAGAAUAA